AUGUCAGAAAAUAAUAUUAAUUCAAAUCAUAAUAAUAAUAAUACACAUCAUCACCAUCAUAAUUAAAGAAGAUCCCCAUCACCUUAUAAUCCUAGAAGAUUUGAUAAAUUAGCAAGAGAAGAAUGUUGGAAUAAUGUAUUAGUUGAUUUAUAUUGUUUAAAAGGCUGAAAUAAUGAAAGGAAGAAAUCCAGAUAGAUGGAGAUUGGAUGCUGUUGGUAAUCCAAUAUGCAAAGCUUUAAAUGGUUGCAGAGGACCAUUAUGUUAUUAAUUUGAUCAUAUAGUACCAUAUUCAAAAGGAGGAGAAAGUAUUAGCAAAAAUUGUUAAUUAUUGUAAUCAUUUGUCAACAUAUACAAAUCAAAUAAAGAAAAUAUAUCAAAGGAUGAGUUGAAGCAAGUUUCUCCUUAAUUAAAUUUCACUUCUGAGUAAUUUGAUGCUAUCGAAUAUGCUAUAUAUGGUUGAAA